AUGCCUACUCAAGAAGAAUUUAAAUUAGAUGGAUUGAUUGCUCGCAGAGAAAAUAUUUUUAGUAGAACCCAACGCUGUUACGAUGUGGCAAAAGACGUUGAAAGAAAUCCUAAUUCCAGUAGCAAAUUAGAAGCCUUUUCUAUUCGUUAUGAUACUUUUUCCAAUGUUGUGCAGGAAUUUCACUCAGUUGUAGAGGAAAUCGUGAUAUUAAAACAAAAACUUAAACAGGAUGAGGCUCCGAAUUAUGACUUGCUAAACACCUUUGACGAUCUUUAUAGUACGAUUGAGUAUUUAGCAGCUAAAUGUUUAUCCUCUUCGACUCCCGAUCCCCCAGAAAGUACUGAUCCAGACAGAAGACUUCGUAUGCCAAAGCUUGAACUUGUAAAAUUUUCGGGCAAUGACCUAUCAGUUUGGCCUUUAUUCUAUGAAAAUUUUAAAUAUUUGGUUCACCGUAAAACUGAAUUUGCAAAGGUUAAAAAAUUACAGUAUUUAUUGGGAAGUCUUACUGGAAAAGCUUUAGUAACGUGUAAUGCGUUUGAAGCUACCCCUAAUAAUUAUGAUUCAAUUUGGAAAUUAUUAGAGGAUACCUAUAAUGACAAAAAAUAUUUAGCCGGUUUGUAUUUAGAUCGAAUUCUAAAUUUUCGUUCUUCGCCCAGUAGAUAA